AUGGAUAGGUAUGAGAAAGUGCAGAAGCCAAGAAUUGAUAAUCCUAUUAAGGAGAAUGAGAUUAGAAUAACAACACAAGGAAGAUUAAGGAAUUACAUUACUUAUGCUACUAAUCUUCUUCUUCAGGAGAAAGGAUCUAAAGAAAUUGCUCUUAAGUCUAUGGGCAGAGCCAUUAGCAAAACAGUAAUGAUAGCUGAAUUAAUAAAGAGGAAGAUGGUUGGCCUUCAUCAGAUCACAUCGAUUGGUUCAACUGAUAUCACUGAUACGUGGGAACCUUUAGAAGAAGGACUUCUUCCGCUCGAGACUACUCGUCAUGUGUCCGUCAUAACAAUUAUCCUUUCAAAGGAGGAGUUAGAUACCUCAUCAGCCGGGUAUCAGCCACCUAUUCCAGCAGAUCAAGUCAGACCACUGACCGAACAUGAUUAUGGAGGAGGGCGUUUUAAUGAUGGUGUGCCUGGAAAUGGUGGAGAGGGCGGAUGGAAAGGAGGUCGUGGAUAUAAUGGUAGAGGCCGAACUGGAGGAAGAGGUCGUGGUAAUCGUGGACGUGGUAACAACUAUGGUGCAGUAGCUGGUUCAAUGCCCAUUCAAGGCCAGGGUCGGGGCCAAGGCCAAGGACAGGGACAAGUACAGGGACGAGGUAGAGGUCGUGCUCAGGCUACUAAAUCAAAUGAUCCUGUUCGGGCAUCAGUUGCUUAUGUCUGA